GAACUACAAUUCCCAUGAUGCCCGAACAGGACUCACUGAAGCAAACAUGGCGGCAGUUGGCAGGUUGUUGAAGUAUAUGUGGGAUAAGGAGCCUGUGAUUGCAGUGUCCUGUGUGAUCGGAGUGGCAGCCUGCAUUGUGCCGUUCGUGAGCCCUUAUACAAAAUACACAGCAAUGAUGAACAAGGCUGUUCCGUACAAUUAUCCAGUACCUGUUCGAGAUGAUGGAAACAUGCCGGACGUCCCAGCACAUCCGUCUGACCCACAGGGAAGCAACCUGGAAUGGCUGAAAAACCUGUGAGAAGUCCUACACAAUCCUGUACAGUCCACAUCCACCUUUACUUCAGUCUCAAUAAUAAAACUCUUUAUUUGAUUAUCUUGUCAUUUUUCAUAAUUAUUAUAGGUUUCAGACCGGAGACCUCCAUGUGGGAGGGGUUUUACUGCAUGUAGGCUGGGCGACCCCCAAGUGGGAGGGACUUAUGCCGCAAGUGGGCUGGAUUGCUGUUGUUGUAGACAUUAAUAAAACACAACAGGUUACUGUGAGGUUGGGUUUAGGGUUGGAGUAGGUGUAGACAUUCAUUAAACACUAUAGGUUGGACUCUAUGUCAUAUAAAUGACAAUAAUAAAAUGAAAACUCCAGGUUUAUACAGCCCACUUGGAGCUCAAGUCCUACUAACUUCUAGCUGGCCUGGCUCCAACCUCCGUUUAUAUCCUUCUCGUUUCACCUGCCAGAUCAACAAUAAACACCAGCCAUAUAGCUGAUAUAAAGCUGGAACAGAGACCGACACGCAUAAAACGUCAGAGAUUAACUUUGUUUAUUGUAAGAUCAUUUAGAAAAGGAUAUAGUUAUGACAUUAAAACAUUCAAGAAUCAAAAAUAUGACUGAUCCACAGAGACUCUGAAUCCAGUGCUCAUUUACACUGUAAAACAUAUCUGUAAGUUAGCAGUUUGACAUAAAUUCUGUAUCAUGUUUUUUUUUUCCAUGUCUAUUUAUGCUUUUAAAUUGCAUUAUGGUUCCUUGAUAUCAAUCUCAAGAACUUUUAGCCUUUAAAAGUAAAAAUAUAUCAGUGUAAAGUGAUAUUGUCUGGGCUGCUGUUGUACAUUACGCUACAAAAACCUUGUAAUAAACUGCCAGUUCGUUUUUGUUUUAUUAC